AUGAGCAAGCGUUCGUUCGACGACGCCUUAUCCCCCAGCGGUGCUCAGCCGGAGCAUAUCGAUAACGCUCCCAGCAACGGCCUGCUGCCCAUCAAUGACCUUCUGUCUCCCAGCCACGAUCUGCAGCAGACGUCUGGACCGGCGAAGAAGCCGCGGAACUUCAUUGCCACUGUGGCUUGCGAGACGUGUCGUCUGAAAAAGACCAGAUGCGACGAGUCGCGGCCGAAAUGUGGCUUGUGCAAGUCGCUGGGUCUGGAAUGCGUCUACAAUGAGCGCAAAUCGUCCAAACGCGAUCAUUCGCUCAGUCUGAUCAUGAGCACGCUCCACCGGCUGGAGACCAAACUGGAGAAUCUCCCGUCGACCAUCGCCGGUGAUAUCCAGUCUCUGCAGAGACAGAUGGUCGCAGCCGUCGACGGCCCGGCGGAGACGACCAGUACCCCGGGGCCGGGCAGUCAGGCCUUCAGCAAACGCACGCCGGUCACGCAUGCAUCCUUGCAGAACCUGACGCCUGCAGCCGGGGAGCUGGAUGAUUUCGAGAUUGGCGAGCGUCCUGAUGCGACGAAUGCGAAUGGUCAGAUUUCGAUAUCGUUCAGCCAACACGGCGUGAUUCUCUGGCCCGGGGCGCGGGAGAUCCUCCCCAAGAGGCUCCUCGAUGCGCACGAAAGUCUCGGGAAGAACUAUGUUAUCGAGCUGGAGACGAAACGGCCCCAGCUGCCCAUGUACUCGUGUCCGUUUCCGCCGCAAGCCGGGGACGACUGGCUAGACGCGCUGCCGUUGGGCGUGGUCAAGGGUCUCUCGGACGCUUUCUUCGCUACCUUCAACCCGUUUACGCCGAUCAUGGAUAAGAACUUCUACCUCGCGUCUACUUUAGGGGCUGCGUUCGAGUUCGGCUACAACAUGGAUAGCUGUUUGGUGCUCAAUGUUAUGGCCCUGGGUUGUCUUGCAGUUCAUGCCCAUCGAGAGGGAAACUAUCCCCUACCCGGCACCCGGAACAACCGGUUCGAGCCUCCAGAAUGGAUCGAUGUCAUAUAUGAAGAUCCACCGGGGUUGCGAUUCUUCAACGAGGCCCGACGACGCAUCGGGUUCUUGAUGUGCGAAAACGAUCUUCCAAGCUGUCAAUUCUAUCUGCUAUCAUUUGUUUAUUACAGCCAGAUUCUUCGUCCGAUGGAUUCGUGGUCCAUGAUUCAUCGGGCUGCGACUUGUUGUCUCCAAAUGCUCACCAACCACGACGUCAACUUUGAUGAAUGGGAGGGCGAUAUGAAGUCCCGCGCGUACUGGAAUUGUCUCAUGAACGAGACCAUUCUCGUACAGGAGCUGCACGUCCCUCCCAGCGGGCUCUCCCGGCUCGAAGAGUUUGUGCCCAUCCCCAAGUUCAUUCCGUUUGAACACGCUUUCGUGCGGACCUCGUCGACCGAAGAUAUCGACGAUUCCUUCUUCCAAUACCACUUCCUGGCGCAGGUCGCUCACCGCAUCAUCCUCACUCGCAUCCGCCAUUCCCUGUACUUUUACUCCGACUCAGGGACCUUCCCUCUCCCAGCAAUCAAUAUCGAACUCCACCACCAGCUAGACCAGUGGCGCCUCAAUCUACCCCCAGCCAUCCAAUUCCCCGACACUUUGCCCUCCACCCCUGCAGACAUCAGCGCCGCCGCAUCCCCCAUGUCCCCGAUGCCUCUCGACCCUAACCGCCCGCUCACCCCGGCAACCGCUGUCUCUGAAGCCAUGCUCCGCGGCCGCUUCAUGAUCGCCAAAUUCCACAUCGGCCGGCCGUACCUGUACAAAGCGCUGCGUAUCCCGGGCUCGCUCAGCGACGAGGACCUGGAGCAGAUGCGCAGCGGUCUGCGGAACGCCAUGAACUGGCCCGUUGUGGGAGGCAUUUUCCGAAGGAUGAAGAGCUGCAUCCCGAUCAAGUUUGCCUUUUGCUCACAAUUUUUCGGCCAAAUCCUUCUCUUCUAUUGUGUCUCGCACUCGCCGGAUGCCCGGCUGCGGAGCGCACUCCCUACCGGGUGGGAGCGGUGGAACCGCGAAAUGCUCCAGUUCUUGGAGGACUGCGCGCCGUAUAGUCCUGCUGUUGCGCAGGACUUGGAGUUGUUGCGCUUGUUAUGA